AUGGUCUGCUGCGGACGUAACAACGGCGAGUGCGUGUGCGCAAAGGAGGCAACUUGCUCUUGUGGAAGGCAGCCUGCUCUUCAAUGCACCUGCGACAAGGCCGCCAUUGAGAACAAACUCCCAUCCUCUGCGUGCGCUUGCGGAAAGCGAGCUUCAGAUGCAUGCACGUGCAGCCGCAGCGAGAACAAUGGAUCGAGCAACUUGGAGACGGACUUCACGACUAAGAAAUAA